AUGUCCAUGUUCAAAUCAGCUGCAGAAAGUUCUGAUAUCACUGACUCUGAUGUUGAGCCUACUGCAAUUGAGCCUCAAAUCUCUUCCAACAGCGAGAAAGAACCUCAUAAGCAUGAUGAAACGCCUACAGCACCCAUAGAAUGCUCUCAGGGCUCCCAGGGCCCCCGAAGUUUGGAUUCCACCAACGAACUUGAAGCAUCGAGUUCUUUUGAAGAUCUUUCUACCGCGUCACAAGACGUCCUCGAUUCUCUCGAUGCAAACAUUGAUCAUCAUAGAAAUAUGAUGACCUCUUCCUUGCUUGAAUUCUACUGUCAAAGACGAGCCGUGGAUAUUCUCAAUGCUCAGCACCCUAGCAGAAAUUUCACCCCGCAUAGUCCCGAGGCUCAGUUUCUUGGAAAGAAGCUAUACAGAUUCAAAUCCCAGUUUUUGACAACGCAUGGCGUCUUAACUGAUGGUACUGAAAAGGAUGAGUUUAAAGCUACACGACAAAGUUAUCGUGAUCAUCUUGACUUACUUGGCCUCAAUGCAUUUGAGGAUAUGCAAAUAACUGCAGGCGGUCCCCGUACACGACCUAAUAUCGAGUCGGGUGACCAGCUUGCAUUGGCAACAAUUCCAAAUAAAAACCACAUCAUCGAAACUACAAGUCAAUUUGCGAAAGGCGAGGGAAAUGCACAGAGGAUAUCGCCGAUCGAGAAUGCCAACAUCCUUGAAGGGAUUCCUAUUGUCACUAGGGCGUUGCCCAGCACGUUGAGGCCUCUUUUCGGAAGCUCGCCUGCGAGUAUGCCGUUAUUUAACAACCCAACGAUGCCACAUUUCAGUCAUAUAUCACGCUAUUCAGUUGAAUUCAGCGAGCUGAAGGUUCUUGGUCGUGGGGCAUUUGGUGAAGUCUACCAUGUCACAAACCACAUCGACGGACAGGACUACGCCGUUAAGAAGAUUCCCCUCAGUCAGCGACGUCUUGAACAGUUGCAAUUUGGCGGACAGAAUCAACUGGAGACUAUCAUGAAAGAGAUCAGGACUCUUGCUCGUCUCGAACAUGCAAAUGUUGUUCGGUAUUAUGGCGCCUGGGUCGAACAGGCUCAUAUCGCACACAGCGCCCCAUUUGCGCAUCAAGAUGGCCCCAAAAAUGAGCCGCCACACAUAAACUUGCCAAGCGAAGAAUCUCAAGAAACAACUCAAGAUGAAGAUUCUCGAGACGAUCCAAGCAUGGGAAUCGUGUUUGAGAACUCCGAGAACUCAGUCGCUACAACCCAUUUCGGCUCGGUUCAUGACGAUCGGUUUUUGAGCGGAAUCCAUCGACUGGAUAGCCAUACAACCACUUCCUCUCGUCACUCGAGAAAAAGCUCGGCGCCUGAAAUAGAAGAUUAUGAAGAUGAUGACAUUGAGUCUAUCCCCCGCAAUUUUAGCAAUGCAUCCUACGAAGAGACAUCUGCCUUUGGCGAAACGGAUGAUAUUUUCACCGAUGGCCUUAGCCAGGAUCAAUCUCAGCUUCAGGUUCAGCGCCAAUGCCGAUCUAACCAACCACCGCCAGCCGUAAUUCUUCACAUACAAAUGUCACUUCAUCCCAUUUCUCUCAGCUCUUACCUAAGUUCUCAAGCAACGACAGCUCGUAAAAACGACGAUCAAUCUCCCCCACGGCGUCACUGCUUCCAUCUGAUUCCAUCACUGAGGCUGAUGCUCGACAUUAUCUCGGGUGUUCAAUAUCUGCAUUCGAAAGGAAUAGUCCAUCGUGAUUUAAAGCCGGCGAAUAUUUUCUUAUCUGCACCUGAGGCUCAUUCCUUGCAGACCUGCCCUUCUUGCAAUCCUGGCGCAAACUCUCCAGCUCAGUUCUGGCGCCCUCGCAUCGGGGAUUUUGGCCUUGUUGCUGACAUCUCUCAUAUCAACGAGUCACCACAUGCGCCAGAUGGUACUGUAACAUCACUUCGAGAAAGACCGAAAAUCCAACGCGUCGUUGGUACUGAGUUCUAUCGUCCUCCUCUCAAUACCAGUUCAUCUAGCUCGUCGUGUUACACUGACGAGUACAAGAUCGAUGAGAAGCUCGAUGUCUAUGCUCUUGGUGUGAUUUUAUUCGAGCUUAUAUACCGACUAAACACAAAGAUGGAACGACAAUUCCUUUUGAGUGAUCUUACCCGUGGGUCAGUCUCACUACCUGAUGAUUUUGCCACCAAGAUUGAGCACGGUGAAGCGAAACUGGAUAGUGGGGAAGUUGUUGCCGACUCCCUCAUAUCAUGUAUCCAGGGCAUGUUGAAACCCCAGUCUGAAAAGCGCUGGGGCUGCCAAGAGGUCAAGGACCGCCUUCGUCAGGUAUAUAAAUCUGUAAAGAAACUUUGA